GCAAGUUCAGUGUUAUUUGAACGCGCUGAGCACGAGCUCGCGCAUUUUGUAAUUUUGGCGCGAAUUUUGAUUGUGUUGUGUUUCAGUGAAGUGCCUUUGUGUGUGGUUUGAUGCUUGUGAUUUUUAGAGGCUGAGUUUUCAAAUCAAAAAAAUGCCCGCCUACGACAACGAAGGCGCGACUAUAUCACUUGAAGAUGUUCGCGCAGACCCUCCCACUUCCAUUCAGGAGUUGCGUGAGAGGAGGAAAGAAUUCAAAACUCAGAGGUCCACAGUCGCUUCUAGAAGAGAGCAAGCAGUAUGUGUGAGAGGCGCCUUCAAGAAGUAUGGGUCUUCGAAGAACCCUAAUGUUAUAUUGGAUGGGCUUAAUAUGACAGUGCCUAAAGGAGCCAUAUACGGGCUCCUAGGUGCAUCAGGAUGCGGGAAGACCACACUGCUGUCCUGCAUAGUGGGCAGACGGAGGCUGAAUGCUGGAGACAUCUGGGUACUCGGAGGCAGGCCUGGAAGCCCGGGCAGCGGCGUCCCGGGGCCCAGGAUCGGGUAUAUGCCUCAAGAAAUAGCUCUGUUCGGAGAGUUCACCAUCAGAGAGACGAUGAUCUACUUCGGCUGGAUUGCCGGCAUGGACUCCGAGGAGAUCAAGGUCCGCAGCGACUUCAUGGUGUCUCUACUGCAGUUGCCUGACCCUGAGAGAUUCGUCAAGAACUUAUCAGGCGGUCAGCAAAGACGUGUAUCGUUCGCUGCUGCUCUUCUUCAUGACCCUGAACUGCUGAUAUUGGAUGAGCCCACAGUUGGGGUGGACCCAGUCUUACGACAAAGCAUUUGGGACCACUUGGUCAACAUAUCGAAUGGCGGUCGAACUACCGUCAUCAUCACAACACAUUAUAUCGACGAGACUAAACAGGCGAAUGUUAUCGGCCUCAUGAGAGGAGGCCGCUUCCUCGCUGAAGAGUCUCCAACCGAGCUGAUCCGUCGCUACCAAGCCGACAGUCUUGAAGACGUGUUCCUCAAGCUAUCAGUGUUGCAGAACAGAGGCAAGAGAAGGAGGUCCAGCAUCCUUGCUGACGUCGUGGAUAAGGUGGAACUACCUGCUAUGGCCAACCCAGCAGCAACAGACGCCGAAGAGCCAGAAAUCGGGGAAAUAUCAGGGGAGUUCGGGGACAAUGUCUCCAUCCACAGUAAGGGAGUGGCGGUCGCCCCAGAGUUUGUCCCACCGGUGGACAUGCCGGCGAAUGCUGUACCGUCCCAGACUAUAUUUGAUAAGAUCAAGCCGGUUAAAGCGCAUCAUAUGAAGGCGUUGGUGUGGAAAAACGCGAUGAGCUUGCUGAGAAAUUUUGGAUUACUCUGCUUCAUAAUCCUACUGCCCGUCUCGCAAAUGUUCUUCUUCUGCAUCGCCAUCGGCCACUACCCCGAAGAGCUACCAAUCGCCGUCGUCAACUAUGAGAUCAACAGCACCAAAGUACUCUGCGAUUAUAACAAAGAGAUGUGUCCGCAGAACAAAGAAACGUAUGAAUGGGAAAUAACGAACUUCAGCUGUCGGUACCUGGACUUUUUCCAUAGGAGGCAAAGUAAUUUGGUGUACUACCCAACAACAGAAGAAGCCAUCGCAGCAGCCCGCAGAGGCAAAGCUCGUGUGGUCAUGACCUUCGCAGCCAACUACUCCCAGAGUCUGCAGGACAGGAUGUUGGACAACCGGCACGUCGACGACUAUACCGUUAACGCUUCGGGGAUACAGAUCAACAUGGACAAUGCUGACAAACAAAUCGAAUGGAUGUUGGCGCGGGACAUAAGCGAGUCGUUUAUGGAGGCCACCGAGCACAUGGCGGAGCAGUGCGACCUGCCCAAGAGGCUGCUCUCCAUUCCUGUUCAUUUCAACAAGCCCGUUUUUGGACUGAGAGUGCCGAAUUUGACCGACUUUGCUGGUCCUGGAGUAAUUUUGACGAUCAUCUACUUUUUGGCGGUCGCCUUGACAUCAGGAGCGUUGUUAGCUGAGAGGAACGAGGGAAUAUUGGAGCGGUCGCUUGUAUGCGGGAUUACUGGAACCGAGAUUCUGUUCUCCCAACUGGUGGUGCAGAUCGUGGUGAUGUUGAUCCAAACCGUCAUCGUGCUUCUCAUGGGCUUCGUCGGCUUCCAGCUCAGCCAGAACGGGCCUAUCGGAUGGGUGGGCAUCCUCACAAUGCUGACUGGAUUCUGUGGGAUGACUUUCGGUUUCGUAGUAGCCACGCUUUGUGAUACUGAUAGAGCUGCCACGUACUUGGCGCUUGGAUCUUUCUUGCCUAUGGUGAUGCUGAGUGGCUGCAUUUGGCCUAUUGAGGGCAUGCACAAAAUUCUUCGAUUCGUAAGCUACAUUCUCCCUUUGACGACAUCAACAGAGUCCUUCAGAUCUAUGGUCCAAAGGGGCUGGGGUAUAGAAACACCGCAGGUCUACCUAGGGUUCAUAGUCACCAUCAUUUGGAUCCUACUACAUUUGACCACGAGUAUAUUGCUAUUGAAGUUCAAGAAAGGAUAAGAUAAUAUGGUACAUUUAUUUUGUACACAAUACAAUUUAUUACAUUGGGAAUAAUUGAUAUACAUCUACAUAAAUUAAAUAUUGUUUGAUUCAGUCUAUAAAAAUAAAUAUUCCUUCUAAGACCCCGCGUACAAAAUUUUGCACAAAAUAAAAUACCUCUGUCAGUCACAGCUUUGUAAUAAUGUUUUAGUCAUAACUGACCACUGUGCAAUUUUUUGUACAUAUUCUUUAAUAUUUUUAGACUACAUAUUAAUACAAAAUAAUGUUCUUAAAAGGCUUUGUAAGAAACAUAAGAAAAAAAUUCAAUCAACUAACAAUGUUAAUAGAAUUAAAUAUUAUCUUGCCAAUUAAAAUAUUUAAAUGAAUUUCAACUGAAUGUAAAUUGUAUCGUGUACAAGGAACAAUUAAUUUAAGUAAAUAUCAGUCGUUACAUGAGUGUUGUCUUUCAAUUUUUUGUGUUAUUUUUUUCUUAGUUUUCCAAAGAUGUAUAUUGCAAGCCUUAAUGGUAUGGUUUCUUCUAAAUUACACAAAUAAGUUAGGUACACUUACUUCAAGAUCGUCUAAAAUAAUGAAUAUUGCAUAAUUUACGCAAACAGUACAUUAUGGGUACUAAAUAAAUCAAAUAAGCCUAAUAUUUCUCCUAGAUUAGACCAGUUAAAUACAAACAAUUGAAAGCAAACCUCAUUUAUGAAUAUGUAAAUUAUUCAAGUGCCUUCCCGUCCUUUGUUACGAGGUAUUAGAGUAUUUAGUAUUAGUCUAGUUCUGGUUUUAUGUAUUUAGUUCACCUAUUUAUAACAUAGGUUACUUGGUUAAGGUUCUUUUCAAUACAAAUACGAAGAAAAAUUGACGUUC